AUGGCCGCCAGCACCACUCGGGCACCCGCUACGGCUGCUGCACCACCCAGACCGUCGGCGUCGUCGACCCAUGCUGCUGACACCACGGCCGCAACGAGCACCAGCGCCAACGACCAUUCAGCAGCAGCAGCAGCAGCAGCAGCACUGGCGGCCCAGCACCACGCCGUCGCCAGAGUGUCCAUGUGGAUGCAGCGCGGGAACUGCCCGCACAUGGUCGAGUCGACGGCGCUGCUGACGGCCGCCAUCCUCAGCGACGGGGAGAGCUCCGGGAGCGCUGGCACCUAUGCCGUACGAGCGGCCUACGCGGCCGCCUUUAGUCGGUUCGUGACCGGGCUCCUCGACGGGCACCAGGACAAGCAGCGCAAGCUGAGCAUGUACUCCGUGGCCAAAACCAUUGGUCUGCCGGCAACGUUUGUGGAGCUGCGUCACCAGGCCACGCAUGAGCAGCUGCCAUCCCUGGCGAAGCUGCGGUCCGCUGCGAGGAAGGCUCUGGCGUGGAUUUGGGAGUACUACUGGCAGCACCUGGGCGCGAAUGAGGAUGAGGAGGAGGUCAUUGUCGGGGACGCCGCCGCGCGUGGGUAUCGUGAGAUGGUGACGGCGUACCUGGAAGAGGCGGAGUGGGCGAGGAAGGCUGAGCGGAAGAGGCUGUUGGGCAGGCUGGACGAGAGCCAGCUGCUUGAGGCGCUGUCGCAGGUCAUGGAGGCGCCGAGGGAUGAUGCAGUCUUGCGGGGGGCUCUGAGGUUAUCGAGGGAGCUUCUGCACAAAGGACAAGGAGAGGUGGAGGAGCGCGAGGAUGUUGACCUGGAGCAACAGGUCGAGGAGAUUACGCAGAUUUCACGGAGUAGGGACGUCAUGAUGUCGGACGCGAGGGACGAAGAGAAGGCUGCUGAAGAUGCGGAACAUGAGGGCGACGAGAGCGGUGGGAUCGGUUGGGCCAAGCACAAGGGCCCUUGGAAGCCGCGUCCCAUCGGCGUUGCCUGA